AUGUCUGUUAAGAAGGUUGGUAAAUUAGUUCAUAAACGAACUAAAAAAUUUAGAAGAUUUCAUUCGGAUCGUUUUAAAAGACUUCGAACGACAUGGAGGAAACCGAAAGGUAUAGAUAAUCGUGUUAGAAGACGUUUUAAGAGUACAGUUUUAAUGCCAAAAAUUGGUUAUGGUACUAAUAAGAAAACACGACAUCAGUUACCUGGUGGUGUUUAUAAAGUUGUGGUAUCAACUCCUGCCGAAGUUGACGCUUUAUUAAUGCAUAAUAAAACUCAUGUAGCUGAAGUUGCACAUAGUGUCUCUGCUAAGAAACGGAGAGUACUUCUUGAUCGAGCUGACAAACUUGGUAUCAAAGUACUAAAUAAAAAAGCUAGACUCCAAUUACAAGAAAAAGAAUAA